AUGUCUGUCACAGACUUUACAAUAACUGAUGAGGUAGUACCUUUAAAUCACAGCAUUGAGAAGGAGAAAACUGUAAGUCACCUUGGUUCUUUCUCUUCCUCAUACCCUGUGAAAAAAAUUCAGGUUGGGAUCUGCCUGUUUCUGGUGGAGCUGUGUGAGAGGUUCACUUUCUUUGAAGUUGUCUGCAACAUGAUCCCCUUUUGCACUGUUAAGCUUGGCUACCGCAAUCACCAGGCAGCCAUUUUGAACUUGUGCUUUAUUGGAACUUCAAUACUUACCCCCGUGAUUGCCGGAUGGCUCACUGAUGUCUAUGUGGGAAGAAACAAACUGGUGUACACUUGCUUAUUUCUACAUUUUCUAGGUACUGCUUUGCUAUCUGCGGUUGCUUUUCCCUUGGAAGAUUUCUAUCUGGGCGCUUACCAUGUGAUUAACAACAUACCGAAAAAGGAACAGAACAGGCUGUUUUAUGUAGCACUGCUGACUAUCUGCCUUGGCACAGGAGGAGUAAGGGCCAUCGUUUGUCCACUGGGUGCUUACGGCCUUGGGGAGUGUAGCUCAAAGAAACGAACGUCUUUUUUUAACUGGUUUUGUUGGCUCAUGAACCUAAAUGCAACCAUCAUCUUUCUGGGAAUAUCUUGCAUCCAGCACUUGGGGGCCUGGGCCUUUGUUUUACUUAUUCCUUUUAUGUCUACGCUUAUGGCUCUGAUAACUCUUCAUAUGAUGUACUGUAACCUGAUUUAUCAGCCAGAAAAAUGUUGCUCCCUCCUGACAACCAUUGGGGUGUUUUUUAAUGCACUGAAAACAGGCUGCCUGCAAUACUGCCAUCUCGGCAGAGAUGCGACCAGCUGGUUAGACCAUGCCAAAGAAAAGCAUGGUGGCUGCUAUAGUGAGUCCCACGUGGAAGACACAAAAUUUUUCUUCACCCUUCUCCCUCUCUUCGUUUUUCAGCUCCUAUACAGAAUGUGCAUUAUGCAGAUUCCUUCAGGAUAUUACCUGCAGACCAUGAAUUCCAACCUGAAUUUGGAUGGAUUUCUUCUGCCAAUUGCAGUAAUGAGUGCCAUCAGCAUCCUACCAUUACUAAUUCUGGCUCCUUUCAUGGAGUAUUUCAGCACCUGCCUAUUUCCCUCUAAGAGAGAUGGACCACUUCUGUUGGCAUGCAUUAUUACUGGCAAUCUUUCUGCUGCAUUUUCUGUGAUGGUAGCCGGCUUCUUUGAAAUACAAAGGAAACGCUUCCCUCCAGUGGAGCAGCUUCUUUUAGGCAAAGUUCUCACUGUUUCCUCCAUGCCUUGUUCCUACCUGGUUCUUCAGUACAUUUUACUUGGAGUGGCUGAAACACUGGUCAACUCAGCUUUCUCUAUGAUAUCAUACAGAUUUGUGCCAAGCACCAUCAGAGGAACGUUUAUGAAUUUUUUGACACUGUUCAAUGGAUUUGGGUGUUUCACAGGGGCACUGUUGGUGGAGUUGCUGUAUCUCAUCUCAGAAGGCAAUUGGUUUCCAAACACAUUAAACAAAGGCAAUUUAGAAAGCUUCUUCUUCUUCCUGGCAUCAUUAACAUUGUUGAACGUCUUGGGAUUCUGGAGUGUUUCACAAAGAUAUUGUAAUGUAAAUCAUUUUAAUGCCCAGAACAUCAGUGGAAGUAAUCUUGAAGAAACACUUCUCCUCCACGAAAAGUCUCUGAAAUUUUAUGGCAGUAUACAGGAAUUUUUUUCAAGUAUUGAUCUUUGGGAGACAGCCCUAUGAAAUGAUAUUUGAGUCUACCUGUCUUUUGAGCACAGUAUUCUUCCUUUUCUUCUUUGGGUGAACACUCUCUGUGUUUUAGUGUAAGAGCCAAAGUAUA